AGAAAGUGAGGAGACCAAAUUGCUGCAUAGCGAGCGAGAGAGAGGAAAGAAAAAGGACGGAGGGGUGAAUGAGCCCCCGACGACCAAACCCUUCUCUCUUCUUCGUUACGGAUAUUCUUCUAAAUCCAUCGCCAUUGCCGUUCUACCUGCAUCUCCAGUCUUCUUCCUUCGUCGUUUGGUUCCUCGACCUUCAUUUGAGGCGAUCGCUUUGGACUGAGAAUGAGAUUCCCAAGGUUCGGUAGACAAUGUGGAAUGCCGUGUGGUUGAUUGUACGCCAAGAGUAAUACAUGGUAAUCAGCAUAUGGAGGAUAUUCAUUAUAUAAAUGCUGGUUUUCCUUACACUGUAACAGAAAGUUUUAUGGAUUUGUUUGAAGGGCUAACAUAUGCCCAGGCUGAUGCUACCUUUGCGGAAGCUUUGCAUGAACAGGGGAAUACUUACUGGUCUAUGUACAUAAAUCCAUAUAAAUAUGGAUUUUCUGGCUCUUCUACUGGCUCCUAUUAUGACUAUAGCCACACUUAUGAGGUCAAUGACUAUACACAAAGAUUGGAUGAGGCUAGAAGAGCAUCGGAGAACUCUGCAGUUUCAAACAACCUCAAUUCAGCAUGGCCAUCUCGAUUUGGAAAUGAAUUUUCUUAUGCAAAUAGAAAUUUUGGAUCCGAGGAACGUGUUCAAGUACAACAAAAUGGAAUUGGUUCUCAGGUUUUUUGGCAAGACAAUGUUGACCCUGAUAAUAUGACAUAUGAGGAAUUGCUGGAGUUGGGUGAGGCAAUUGGAACACAAAGCCGAGGUCUCACUCAAGAACAAAUUGCUUCGCUUCCUGUCACGAAGUAUAAAAGUAGAUUAUUUUCUAGAAAGAAAGCACGAGAGAGAUGUGUUGUAUGCCAGAUGAAAUACAAGAGAGGUGAUCGACAAACAACACUUCCAUGCAAGCAUGCUUACCAUUCUGCCUGUGUGACAAAAUGGCUUCGUAUAAACAAGGCAUGCCCAAUUUGCUUUGUCGAGGUAUCUAUCGAGGAAGAACUGAAUAACCAAGAAUUUAUGCCUAGCGGAAUACACGGAAGUGGUUAGCGAUUCUGUUGCAUAAGCUGCUCCUUUUUGACACCCGGAUCUCCCCAGGAGUUGAAUCAAACAAAACAAGACUGAUUCCAUGGUUGUCUUUAGCUUGUAUGAAACAAACUCUGCUGUUGUAGAUUCUCAAUAGGAUAAUUGUUAGAAUGAUCAGAUCAGGAUUCCUUGUUUGUUAUUUGGAGUAUGAACCGAUAAGUACUACAAAUGCGUUUCAUGGAACUACGUGCUACCUCUACCAGCAAUAUAUACACAAGUUAGGACAUCAGUUGGCAUUUACAGUAA